UGUCUAAGGAGGAGGAGGGAGCAUGAAGAGGAGGCAGGGUUGAGCAGCGUAGAGAAAGAACACAUAAAGGGGAGAGAGAGCAGCGGAGAGACCUAGACAAAGAAGAGAGAGACCGCAGACUGACUCUCCCUUUCUUUCUUCAUGUGGGGGAGGAAAGGAGGAUUAACCGGGUGAUCUGCGACACGCGCUCACACACACACGCAUAACACAUGUACACACUCACUGCCACAGCACCAAACUGUGCAUCUGGAUCAUCAUCAUCCUCAGCAUCAUCAUCGUCAUAGAUACACCUGGCAUAAGAUGGAGACGUUUUUAACGCAUGACUGUAAGCGAUAGGUGGGGAGGCCUUCAUCACCGACAGACCGUCUCUUACCGUGUGAUGGCUCAGCACAUGUGUGUGUGAGUGGGUGUGUUCAGUCUGCCGGAUCAUACUGUGUGCAAUGGGGAAUGCGGAGAGUAUGGAGAGCCAGCUGGCAGUCAUCCGAUCCAGAGCAGCGCCGGUUCGACUUCCGAUGCCUGAUCCAUCUGAGCUGGAGGAGAGGUUCUCCAUUGCCCUGAAUUCAAUGAACCUCCCCCCUGACAAGGUGCGACUAUUACGUUCAUAUGACAAUGAGAAGAAGUGGGAACUGAUCUGUGAUCAGGAGAGGUUUCAGGUGAAAAAUCCUCCACAUACUUACAUCCAGAAGUUGCGAGGAUUCCUUGAUCCAGCAGUCACACGUAAGAAAUUUAGAAGAAGAGUCCAGGAGUCGACUCAGACACUCAGAGAGCUUGAAAUUUCCCUUCGUACCAAUCACAUUGGGUGGGUGAGGGAGUUUCUUAAUGAGGAGAAUCGUGGUCUGGAUGUUCUGGUUGAAUAUUUGUCAUUUGCUCAGUAUGCAGUCACGUUUGAUGGUGAGCAGUCAGAGGCAGGAAGUGAGGCGUCAUCAAUGGAUUCUCCCUGGAGUCGGUCUAUAGAGGAUCUUCACGGUGACUGUAACCUUCCUUCUCCAUCCUCCUCUGUACCUCGAGCAUCCCGACACUCCAUCAGUUCCACCCUGGUAACUCGCUCCAAUACACUGCCGAGCCGCCGUACACUGAAGAACUCACGACUGGUCUGUAAGAAAGAUGAUGUCCACGUCUGCGUCAUGUGUCUGCGGGCAAUCAUGAACUACCAAUAUGGGUUCAACAUGGUCAUGUCUCAUCCUCAUGCUGUGAAUGAAAUAGCCCUCAGCCUCAACAACCGGAAUCCCAGGACAAAGGCUCUGGUGUUGGAGUUACUGGCAGCAGUUUGUUUGGUCAGAGGAGGACAUGAGAUCAUCCUUUCUGCAUUUGACAACUUCAAAACGGUGUGUUCAGAAUCAAUGCGUUUUGAGAAGCUGAUGGAACAUUUCAAGAACGAAGAUGACAACAUUGACUUCUUGGUGGCUUGUAUGCAGUUCAUCAACAUCGUGGUCCAUUCAGUGGAAGAUAUGAACUUUAGAGUCCAUCUGCAAUACGACUUCACCAAACUGAACCUGGAUGAGCACUUGGAGAGUCUGAAGCACACAGAGAGUGACAGGCUGCAAGUGCAGAUCCAAGCCUACUUAGACAACGUGUUCGAUGUUGGGACACUGCUGGAAGAUGCUGAAACAAAAACGGCUGCGCUAGAGCGAGUUGAGGAACUUGAGGAGAACCUAACAACAAUGUCGGAGCGUCUGCUGGAUGUGGAGAAUGAAGCAAUGCAGAAAAUUGUUGAAUUAGAGAAACAGUUGAUGCAAACCAACAAGGAGCUGGACAACCUUCGGGAAGUGUAUGCUAGCACCAAUUCACAGGUCCACACACUGCGGCGGAUGGUUCGGGAAAAGGAUCAGACAAUCCGUCAUCAAAGCCGUCUGGAUCGUCACUCACAGGAGCCGCAGCAGGCAGGAUGUCUUGGCGUCACUCAGCACCAGCGAGAAGAGGGCGAUGGGGGAGUCGAGGAUUUCACUUCCCUUCCUCUCUGCCCCAAAGUUUCCUCAAGCCCUGAAACUUUGGCCUAUCGCAGUGAGGGACCAGGUAUGGGUGGAGCUCCAGGUGUGCCGACUCCACCACCUCUGCCUCCUCCACCACCAGGUAUCAUGUCCAAUGGGCCAUAUCCUGCUCCUCCUCCUCCUCCACCUCCUCCUCCUCUUCCUCCUCCUCCCUGCCGGAUUAGUGAGCUUUCUUCCUCUGUCCCUAUACCCCCGCCUCCUCCUCCUCCUGUGGCUCCACCUCUUCCUGGACCAGGAGGUUCGCCAACAGUCAUCUUCAGCUCUGGACUGGCAGCCGUGAAGAUCAAGAAACCUAUACAAACUAAAUUCCGGAUGCCUGUGUUGAACUGGGUUGCCCUGAAACCAAAUCAGAUCAAUGGAACUGUCUUCAAUGACAUUGAUGAUGAGGCCAUCCUACAGGAUCUGGACAUGGAGGGCUUUGAGGAGUUGUUUAAGACGAAAGCCCAGGGUUCAGCGGUGGACCUAACUAUGUCUAGGCAGAAGCUUCCUCAGAAAGCUCCGUCCAAAGUGUCUCUCCUGGAGGCAAACAGAGCCAAGAACCUGGCCAUCACACUAAGGAAGGCUGGCCAGGGGUCAGAAGUUAUCUGUCGAGCUAUUCAUACGUUUGACCUACGGACAGUUCGGGUGGACUUUGUGGAGUGUCUGAUGCGCUUCUUGCCCACUGAGGCUGAGGUGAAGCUCCUACGGCAAUAUGAGAGAGACAGAAAACCUCUGGAUUCUCUGAGUGAUGAGGAUCGCUUCAUGAUGCAAUUUAGCCGUAUUGAAAGAUUAAGCCAGCGCAUGUCCAUCAUGGCUUUCAUGGGCAACUUCAACGAUAAUAUUCAGAUGCUCACGCCGCAACUGCAUGCCAUCAUUGCGGCCUCUGUGUCAAUAAAGUCAUCCCAGAAGCUGAAGAAGAUCCUGGAGAUCAUCUUGGCGUUGGGAAACUACAUGAACAGCAGUAAGAGAGGAGCUGUGUAUGGAUUCAAACUGCAGAGUUUAGACCUGCUCUUGGAGACAAAGUCGACGGACAGAAAGCAGACGUUGCUGCACUACAUCGCCACUGUGGUGAGAGACAAAUAUCCCACAGUGUCUAUGUUCUUCAAUGAGCUUCACUAUGUGGACAAGGCUGCUGCAGUGAGUCUGGAGAACGUGUUGUGUGAUGUGAAGGAGCUGCAGCGUGGCAUGGAGCUCACCUGGAGGGAGUUCAGCAUGCUGCACAAUGCCAUGCUCAAAGACUUCAUCAGCAGGAAUGAAUCACGACUCAGCAAACUCCAGGAGGACGCACGGAUUGCUCAGGAUGCAUUUGAUGAGGUGGUCAAAUUUUUUGGGGAGAGUUCCAAAACAAUGCCACCGUCAGUCUUUUUCCCCAUCUUCGUCCGUUUCAUUAAAGCAUACAGGCUGGUGGAGGAAGAGAAUGAGCAGAGGAGGCGUCAGGAGCAAAUGUUGCUGGAGAAACUAGAGCAGGAGGAGCAGCAAGAGGAACAGCAGGAGGAGGGGGAGACCAGGUCUCCAUCUCACAGGGGGAAGCGGCAGCAGCAGGAACUGAUCUCAGAGCUGAGGAGACGACAAGGAAAAGACAGCCGUCAUGUUUACGAAGGCAAAGAUGGUGCCAUAGAGGACAUCAUAACAGUACUAAAGACCGUCCCGUUUACAGCUCGAUCUGCUAAACGCAGCUCCCGAUUCUUCUGUGACUCCGCCCACUCUGAGGAAAACUACUGAGAUGAUUUUGUAUGUGUACAUGUUGUCAUCAGUGAGCCACACCCACAUCUAUCAAUGGGACCAAUUAGCAC